CCCCAAUAUUUUAAGCUUUAAAAUAAAAACUUGUUUAAUAUGUAAAAUAUUUAUAUUAAAUUAUGUACAUCAUUGUACUUCAAAUAGCACUACAAUUUUUAUUGCUUCAAAACAUCCAUUGUUAUAAAAAAUGCACACUUCGUCAACAUAGAUAGACAUAAUAAACAUAUUAUAGAUAACAUAGAUAGCUUUUUUUAAAAAAUAAAAGAGGGUGGUCACUUUUGAUGGGACACUCUCUAUAUAUUUCUUGAAAAACGUUGAUGUACAUAAGUAAUACGUCGUUAUAUAACGAAAAACACGGUCAAGAAUAGAUUUAAGGUUGAAGCCGUUUGGAUUUUGUUGUUCCCUGGACCGCUUCGAUCCUCACUCGACAUACGAUCAACGAAGACCCCCUUAUAAAUCUUCAUUAAUGGCAAUAACUUCUGUGCACGAGUGUCCAGUAUCCAAGCUGCAAAUGAAAUAUUGCACACCCUUUAUCCGAGAAAAGAGGAAGUUAAGGGCGUCGGAGUCUGGAGAUCAGCAACAAUUGGCAAACGGGACAUUGAAUUACUUUCGAUUCGGUAGAAACGAUGCUUCUAUAAAAUGGUAUCUAGAAGAUGAAAUUGCUUUGGCGAAGAAUAGGUUUUGGAGGAAAAAGCAAAGAAUUUACAACAAGGCGAGCAACAAGGCAAUGAGAGCUGGGAAAAAGAAAUUUAAAAACGAAAUGGAAAGUAUGUUAAAUCGGAAGUAUCCACGAUGGUAUCAAGAAUUCUCCUUAGAUCAAAUGAAGAAUUUAAAAAACCUGGAAAAUGUGAUGCGCACCGAUUAUGAAGAGACAAAAACAGAUGGCACACAAAAUACAUUGAUGGCUAUUGGCAUUAUUUCAACAUUUUUCAAAUUAAAGCCGAAUAUUAUAAAUAAGUUGCAUAAAUCAUGCAAUUUAAACAGUGUCGAUUUUCUGCGAGAGAUUUAUAAAAUUUUGACAGGAAAUGACUUUUAUGAGGAGGAAUAUAAGAAAUUUUAUGACUGUAACGAGAGAAUAAUAUUGUCAGCUAUUGCAUUUUUAACAUUGCCAGAAACAGUAAACGAAUUACAUAAGAGAUUACCAGCAAUGAUUGUCCCAAGUUUACCACCAAAACCAAAACUAAUAUGUUUCCCAAGACGAAAAAGCAGCUGUCCUUAUAAGGAGGAUUUAUUCAAGUCUUGUGAUUGGGCCGGUUAUCGAAAUGCUUUGCAGAAAUGGCAGAAACAAUACAAACUAUUUCAAACUAUUCCAACACUUCCAGAGAUAAUUUUAUUCUUCAAGCAACACGAUCAGAUUUUUACUAAUGAUAGAACGUUGUCAUGUGAGAUUAGAAAGCAAAAGGAAGAUAUUUAUAUUAACUAUAAUGUUGAAAAAACCAAUACACAGGAUUUGCAAAAUAAUUUGCAAAAUAAUUUCUCCAAUAAAUAUGAUGCAGAAGAUGUAGUGAACAUUGAUAAAGAAGUAAUACAUGAAACUAAAGACUCCACAACACAGAAAAAUUUCAAAGUAGAAAAAUCAUCAACUUCCAAUAAUUAUCAAAUAUUAGACGAUGACAAAAAAUUGGAUUCUACAAUCAACGGAAAUCCGAAAAUUACCAAAAAUCCAGGAAACCCGGAACCAGGAACCAUGACAUACAAAAUUUGUACACCAAAGCCACCAGGGACAGAUCAAAAAUCCUGGCUGGACGAAAAGAAUGCUUACUACAUAAUAGCCGGCGCAACCUCGCAGAACGAAACUCCACUGAAUUGUCCUGUAACUUAUGAGAUCGCCGGUGUAGCUAAUGUGACACCUACCAAUAGCGACGAAAAAUUCUUCGCAAUGCUAAAACUUGAUGAUAAACCUGAAAAGAUUUUUCCCAGUGGCAGAGAAAAUUUGUCAAGAAAAUGGCAAGACUGGCUACGGAAUGCUGAUGAAGAUUAUGAACAGAUGGAGGAAAAAGCUGAUGAAUUGAUGAAAAGUAUUCAAACAACUAUAAAAUUAGCGUCUCCUGAGCCCGUUUGCGACAGUUGUUGCUCAUGUCGACAGACUCGAAAGGCCGACGAGAAAUUGGAACAAAGCAAGAUACUGAUCGACAAUGCAGCGCAAAAUAGCGAAAAAAACGAGUACAUCGAAGAAUCGAUGGCAAUGCAUUCCUCAGAGCCAGCAGAAUCACCAAUCAAUUUGAUUGCUUCGCAGAGCGAGAUCAAGACAAAUAUCAUUAUCAAUGGAGUUACCAAAGAGAAUGGUCAAAUUCGAUAUUAUGUAUCAGGUGUUCAGAAGGACAAUAUGCAAAUACCAUCGCAAAUACUCGAUCCUCCAGCAUUUCAGUUGGUCAAAAACGUUCCUCCUUGUAGAUGCGCUAUUCGGCAAAUGAUCAAUAAAGACAUAAGUCCUUCCAUAAGCGAGGAUGACAUUCAGACAAAGGAUGAAGGAGUGUGCAUCGGAAAAAAGUACAGACCAGACAAGCCAGGUGCUUAUUCCUGUAAGACGUAUCCUGAUGAUAAAUCUUGCAGACAUAAUCCUUUCAUGAAAGAAUUAAUAAAGAUGGAGAAAAACAAAAAGGAAAAAGAAAAAAGAAAAGAAGAUGAAGAAAAGGCAAAUCCUAUUGAAGAAAUCAAGAAAGAAAUUCAAACUUUAAUGAAGGAAAUAACCGAGGAAAAAAAGAAUAAAUUUGUUCCUAAUCCUGAUUAUCCUAAUCCUGCUUAUGAUAAUUCUUGGAACAAAUUACGCAUUGCUCCAUCAAAAAUAAUAGAAAGAGAUUAUGGGAAAAACCUGAAAUUGACUCCUCCAGCAUUUCAUACAAUCUCUUCAUCAUUAAAUAUGCAGGAAAAACAAAAAGACAUUUCUUUUUUACAAGGAUUGAAGAAAGAUGAAAAAAAUAUUUUAAAUAAAGAAGAUAAUAAAAAAAAUUUUGAAAGCUCUUUAAAAUUAUCAAAAAAUAAUAAAAAAGAAAGAAAUAAAAACAAAGAAGAACUGAAAAAUAUGGAAAACAAAAUAAGAAAAGAAUGGAUAUCUUCAAAAAAAAUAACUAACAAAAAAAGCACAAAUUUGUCAAAUAAAGUUUUCAAGAACGGAACAAAAAAAAAGCAACAAACAAAGUUAUUUUUAUCCUCAUUUCACAAUCCUGUUAAACGAUUCGACAGAGUUGAUAAACUAACCAAAUAUAAUAAUCCUAUAAAAAAAAACAAGGAGACUGUAACAGAUGAAACUAAGCUCUAUAAUUGCAAGCAAGAAAUGGCAAAGAUAAAAAAUAUGUUCAAAUCUUUCCCUUUUUUAGAUGACAUCCAAUCGGCUAUUCUCCCUAAAGAAUUACUAGCAAUUAGUCGACAUAAUCCAGAAGAGAUAAUUAUCGAUUCUUCUAUUGAUGAAGAGAAUAAUUGUGCUAUUAAUAAGGCACCUUGGAGAACGAAAUCGGAGCAGGAACUUCCAGCAAAAAAAACUCUGACCUAUCUCUGCGAACCAGAUUAUCCUUUAGAAACAGUAGCGGUUAGUCCUGGAGGACGACCGUGUCAGUGUAGAGAAAACAGGAACAAGAAAAAAAUUCUUGUGUAUAACAUGGCUGGUGUAGUGGAGAAGAAAAUAGCUGGAAGAAGAGUUAGGAAGACCAAAUUGGAGGAGGAGAAUAGAAUUAUCGAUGGUGUUCUUUAUGUUACACCACCCAUCAGUCCCCGAAGAAGUGAUGAAUACAUCCCAGAAUAUGAUCUUCUCGAAUCGCCGUACGAUAUGUGUAAUAAUGUUACAGACGACACAUUGAAACUAAUAGAGAGAUAUUCUGGUCCCAAAAGUCUGGUAGAGAAAAUACAGAAAAAAUCAAAAUCAUGCAGUUGUACUAACGGCGUCAAGGAACAGAAUCAUCUUGUAGAUCAAAAGAAAGACAUUGCAGAAGCUCGACAGAAAUUGAUGGAGUCCAAGUUGCCAGAGGAAAGAUGGAAAAUGGCAUUGAAAGAUGCAGCAUUGAUGGAUUACUUUACACAGCGCAAGAAUAAUGUUCCUUGUUGGACAUCUUGUAAGAAGUUUGCUCGAAAUGCCAGAUCUCGAAAAUUGAAAGUUGUGAAACCUGUAUGUGAAUGUAAAUAUGAAAGAAAAAUCGUGGAACGAAAUGAAGAGAGAAUUAAGUGGAAGACACGUCAAGAAAGAUUAAAGGCUUUGAAAAAGCAGCCUUUUAUGCAUAUUGUCGAUAUUUCCAGACCGAUGAUAGAAGACACUAAUUUCAUCGUAUCAGGCGAAAAGACAACGCCGCUGGAAGAUGAGCACAAAGAAGACAUCAAGUGUUAUGCAUCGGAUGAGGCAAAAAAUAUUUCUAUGUUGCCGCCUCAGCAGAUAAUCGAUGGCCUGAAAAUGUCAACACCGGUCCAAACACCACAACCGAGCAGAGAACACAUUCGAGCUGAUAUUCCGCAUCGACAUUGGUCGCCGAUUAAUAUUUCUUCGAGUCCAUUGCCGAGAUUGAAGGAAGAAAUAGAACAUAGGAAAAAUAUCAGGGAUGAAGCGUUUAGGUUGAUGUAUGAGAAUAAGAAUGAACAAGAUGUGUGUUGUAAUUGCCAAGAAGUUUCUGACAAAAAAAACUUAAUAAUGGACAACAAAACGAAUUUAAGUCAAAUGAAUGUAGAAAAGGAGAUGUCCAUAAAAAUAAUAGAACUCAAUAAUAGAAAAAAUAUAAAACAAUCACCGAGCAAGGAAAUUGACUACAAGAUAGAAGCUCGCAAAAAUAAGCCUUAUAAAAAAAAUCCUAAAAAGAAAAAAUAUAAGAAAGGAACUACUAAAAUUGCUACUGAAAUUGCUACUGAAAUUGCACAACAUGAUGUAUCAGAUCAACAAAUAAUCGAUAAGAUAGGAAAGGAGAUAAAAGAGAAGAUUGAUGAAACGCAUUUGAUAAGUGAUGAUGAAAAACAUAUAGAUAGCAACCUUGAUCUUAUGGCAAUAAUAAAAGUAUUUCCAUCCAUUUCUUUUCUUAAUCCAAUAAUUUCAAAAAAUAUUUAUACCUUUAUCAAUUAAUUAUCUCAUGAAUAAUUAUAAUAUCAAUAUCACUUAAUUUAUAUAUUUCGAAUUUAAAAUGUAACAUUAGGCUGAAUUGGAGAAAAUGGCUGCAGAAGGAUAUAUAUUC